AUGGUUAGUAAAGAGGCACAGCCACCGGUGGUUGAGGUUUCGAAGAAAAGCCGUCGUAGGGGACGUAGAGCCGGUAGCCGAGCCGGCAGCCGGGCUGCCAAGAGACGAGCGAGAAAGGCUUCGAGCCAGACCAUAACCGCUGCCGCAAUCGCCACAACUAUCCCUGAGAAGUUAGGUUCUCCGGCCAAGUGCGCUGUGCAUGCAUUCCUGCUGAAGUACCAAAGUGCAAUGAGGAAGAUUCCCGCGCAGCUGCCACCAAAGGUUCACGCCGGACCACCUGCUCCUCACGGACCGCCAUCUAAGAGAGUGAAACGUGUGUCGUGGCGUGAGGACAAUAGCGUGUCGUGCGGCGGCGGCGGCGACCCGGCCGUGCUGGCGGUGGGGCCGGCGCGCAAGCCGCUCCAGUACUCGCGCGACCAACUCAUGCGGCUGAGGAACUCGCCGCUCGUCAAGCGGAACCUGGAGAACGCGUUCGCUGGAUGCGAGGCGCUUGCGCUUGUGCUGAAGAGACGUUCUGAUUCACCGAAUGAGGAAGACCGAGGCGCGAGAGGCGAUGCACCCAAUGAGAACCAUAAGGUAAAUGCUAAGGGUGUAUAUGGGCGUGACCGGGACCGCGAACGUAGAUCAGCGGACCCUCGCGAGCGGGUGCGGAAGGAGAGCGAGCCGAGUGGCGGAGGUAUCGUGCUGUCACCGCAGCGGCGCAGCUUCACGUCGGGCUGCGGGGCACCGGCGGCCGCGGCCCCAGCGGCGCCGCCCCCGCACCUGGCGCGCACCCGCCCGGAGUCUCCGCUGGCGGCCCCGGCGCCCGCCGCCGCGCCGCAUCAACCGCAGCAUCCUGCCAAGCCUGAACAAGGAGGUCGUCGCAUCGGCUCUGGUCGCAUCAUGGUGCGCGACGUGCCCAACAACGCGUGGGAGGAGGGAGAUUACCGAGGCGGGGCAGAGCCCUACCGCCCUCCGCGCGAGAGGGAACGUGAGCGCGAACGUGAACGGGAACACACCAGGCCUAACAACGAAAGGUUCGAACGGCGCUCGUUCGGUAGAGACUCCUACUCCUCUGACAUCAAGAGGGAACGGGAGGAUCGAUUCAUCAACGAGAAGAUGCGAGACAGAGAGGACAACCGUAGAUCUGGUGGUCGCUUCUCUCAACGACGCCUUGAGAAGGAAGAUGAACCCGAAUGGUUUAGUGGAGGGCCAACAUCUCAACUGGAAACGAUCGAGCUCCGCGGUUUCGACGAUCCGCCCAAGAAGAACGGCAACGCGAACAAUAAAGAGACUGAGAAGUGGAACAACAGUGGCGGCGCGCGGUCGCCGGCCACGGAGCGCUGGCGGGAGACGUCGCCCGUCACGCAGCCUGCCAACGACUCCACCAACUCCAGCAAUGAUAAGGAUUCUGGAGUGGAGUCGAAGAGUGAGGAGACGGUGCAGAACAGCGAUCAGCAGGAGUUCAACCUGGACGAGUUCCUCAAGUUCGAUACCAUACCCGACGUACUUACUAACGGCGGCGGCGAGACGGAGGGCGGCAGUAGGUUCAGUCGCUGGUUCCGACGCGAGAGUCCCACCAACGAUGCCAAGCAUUACGAGCGACUCUUGCAUAAUAUGGUCGACGACCUGGACAACGGUCGCAGCGAGCCUAGUCCAGCGCUGGGCGGCGGCGAGGCCCACGUGUUCGCUCCAAUAUCCCCGGCCGGCAGACCACAGAACCCCUCGCUGUUUGAUCUCUUACUCCGAGCCAACGCUAACACUGCGCACGAUGCGAGACCUGAAGCCCAACAAGUAGGUGGCAAGAUGCACAGCCUGGAGGAGCUGGAGGCGCGGCUGAGGCCCCAGCACUCACACUCCCAACACUCCCAGCACUCACAGCACUCUAUGCCGCAGCAUCAUGUACCGGAGCAUGAUCUCACCGCUUUCAAACGACUUCUGGCGCAGGUGUCGGGCGGGCACGCAGUAGCGGCGGCGCCUGAACCCCCGCGUCCCCAGCCCCCGCCACAACCCAUGAGCUUGUUACAGAUGCUGAACAAGAGCAUGGAGCAGCAGCAGCAGCAGCAGGCGGCGGCGCAGCACCAGCCGCCGCACAUACCGCAGGAGCUGCUGUACAAACUGCUGCAGGUGCAGCAACACCAGCAGCAACAGGCGGCGGCGGCGGCGGCCGUGAGCGCGGAGCUGGCCGGCAUGGCGCCCGCUGACAGGGACCUGCUGCAGCGGCCCGAGGCACAGGCCAUCGUGAGGGGUCUGAAAACGGGUGAGAUUACGGCCCAGCACUUAAUGCAGCAGCUGAGUAACCCAGGUCUUCAGAGUCGGCACCGUGAAGUAUUGCUUACCAUACUAAGACUGCACCAACACCAGAGACAGAUGGGCGAGUCCCCGUUACCGGGAGGCCCUCACCUGGUGGUUCCACCUCAUCAUCAACCGCUGAGACUGUCGCCCUUACCUCAUCAAGGCGUGCCGGCUCGCAUUCCUUCGCCGCGCGAGUUAGCUGCGCACACGCAGUCCAUAAUGCAGAAUGCUCUCAUCAAGAAGAAGCUGGAGGAGCAGCGCGAGAACUACCGCCGGCGGCAGGAGAUGCAGCAACCCAAACAGUCCACUCCUAUAUCAUUCACACCCACCUCGGUAUUACGUAAAAUGACUGCAGAGAAAGAGUCUGACACGCCUAGUCCGAAGCAGCAACAGUGGACGCAACCACCCAAGGUGCCGCAGGGCAGGCCUAUAGUUAAGGGUAACCAAAGCGGCAAUGCGCCGACGAUCGGCUACGCAACGCCCAAUGAUUAUCAACAGCAUUAUAUGAAUCAACAGCAGCAAAUGCUUGGUUCAGUCCGACCGUUCCCACAUCCGCCACAGAGGCAACAAGUACCUAACUCUUACAACAAUAUGAACAAUAUGGCUCGCGGUAUGGCUGGCGGCACUUCCCUUCACAAGCUGCUCAUCCAGUCACAUCAGAGGAGUCUCAAUGGCAACUUCGGCGAGCUGGGCGGCGGCGGCGGCACGGGCGGCGGCGACAACCAGCUGGCGCGCUGGUUCUCGCCCGAGCUGCUGGCGCGCGCGUCGGCCGGCAAGCUGCCGUCGGUGCACGUGCCCAACGCGCUGUGCCUGGAGGACCUGGAGCGCCACCACCACGCCCCGCCCGUGCACAACUGA